UCGCGUCUCAAAAUGAAGUGGUGCACGGGUGCGAUUUUAAUUUGGAUUUAUUGGACGGGUUCAGUUGAGUCUGAAUCCUCUUCUGAUCCUCUGAUUGUCGAGAUUCCAAACGGCAGGCUCCUUGGUCGGGACAAUGGACACUACUUCAGCUACGAAUCGAUGCCGUAUGCCGAGCCACCGCUUGGUAAUCUUCGCUUCGAGGCUCCCAAGCCGUAUGAAGGACUCUGGAAGGAUACUUUCAACGCCACUCAACCCGUAGCGUGUUUGCAAUGGAAUCAGUUCAUCGAUGAUACCAACAAGCUGGCUGGUCAGGAGGACUGCCUGACGGUGAGUGUCUACAGGCCCAAGAGCAGCACCAGGAGGAGUUUCCCAGUGCUGGUACUUCUUCAUGGAGGGGCCUUUAUGUUCGGCAGAGCUUCGCUGAAUGGACACGAGUACCUUAUGCGCCAGGGAACUAUGAUAGUGGUCAAAAUUAGCUAUCGUGUUGGACCUCUGGGCUUUCUGAGCACUGGGGAUAAGGACAUACCCGGCAACUUUGGCCUGAAGGACCAACGUUUGGCCCUGGAAUGGGUCAAGAAAAAUAUAGUCCACUUCGGUGGCAGACCCGAGAACAUCGUGCUCAUUGGUCACUCGGCGGGAGGAGCCUCUGUUCACCUGCAGACACUGCGCCAUGAUUUUGACCAGUUGGCGAAGGCAGCAGUUUCCGUCAGUGGCAACGCCCUGGACCCUUGGGUUGUUCAGCGGGGAGCUCGAAGACGAGCCUUUGAACUGGGCCGCCACCUGGGCUGCGGGCAAUUGAAUGACUCCGUCGCCCUCAAGAAAUGCCUCCAAUCGAAACCUGCCGGUGAAGUAGUGACUGCUGUGAAGAGCUUCCUGAUAUUUUCCUACGUUCCAUUCACUCCAUUUGGUCCUGUGGUUGAGCCUUCGGAUGCUCCAGGUGCCUUCCUCACCCAACACCCCAGUGAAGUCAUAAGGAGUGGAAAGUUUUCCCAAAUCCCUUGGGUUGCCUCCUAUACAACUGAAGACGGUGGAUACAAUGCAGCUGCUUUGCUGGAACCAUCCAACAAAACUGGAGACACCUGGAUUGAAACCCUGAAUGAUCGCUGGUUCGACUGGGCACCGUACUUGCUAUUCUAUAGGGAUUCCUUCGAAACCAUCAAGGACCUGGAUAAUUAUUCCAGAGACUUAAGGCAGGCCUACUUGGGAGAUCGGCGUUUCGGCAUAGAAAGUUAUUGGGACUUGCAGCGCAUGUUCACGGAUGAGCUUUUCAGAAACAGUGUACCAAAGGCUCUGGAACUUCAUCGCCAACACGGCAAAAGUCCUGUCUACUCGUUUGUGUACGACAACCCAUCGAUUAGUGGAGUGGGACAACGCCUUUCCAACCGCAGUGAUAUCUAUUUUGGUACUGUCCAUGGAGAUGACUUCUUUCUUAUUUUUGACGUGGGACCCUUCAGAGGAGCUAUUCGCCCAGAUGAGGAAAUCAUUUCCCGCAACUUUAUUAAGAUGCUGGAGGAUUUUGCCCUAAGUGAUAAUGGAACUCUGACCUUCGGCGACUGCGUUUUUGAAAACAAUGUGGGGAGACAGAAUCUGCAACAUUUAAGGAUCACACGAAAUGGCUGCAAAAAUGGGCAAUUUGAUCUUUAA